CACACAUACUUCCUGCUUGUCCUCUUUUCCUCCCUUUGGGAGACGCAUGCGCAAGCCUGGUGUUCCUUCCAGUUUCCCAGGGUACUAAGCGCGGUGAAGAAGCGUCGGUCGCGGGCUGGAGGCAUUUUGUGUCCUGGAUAUCGGCAGCGAGAGAGGAAACGAGCGAGAGAGAGAGCGCGACAGACAGACAAGAUGGCGGCGGCCGAGUGAAGCGCCAGUUAGUGGCGGCGGACGGACGGACUCGCUUGGGGCUUUUCUUUUCCCUCUUUCCCUCCCUCCCCCCCCCUUCCGAGACCCCCUUCUGUUCCUCAGAAGGGGAAAAGCGCGCUGUCAGCCGGGAAAGUGCGUGGGACGUCCACCCUCCAGAGAGGCCUAGCGCGAUCCAAGCCGCCGAGACCGAAGCCCUUUCUCCUCCUUCAGCCCUCCCCUGUCCCGUCCCUAGCCGUGGUCGAGCAGGAGCUCCCCUUGGAAAUACUCGCGGGCUCUCAAAAGUGUGGGAAAUAACCCCUAUCCCCCCCAUCCCCUCCGUCGCCAUGGCGAGCAGCAGCGGCUCCAAGGCCGAGUUCAUUGUCGGGAACAAAUACAAGCUGGUGCGGAAGAUUGGUUCGGGCUCCUUCGGGGACAUAUACUUGGCCAUCAAUAUCACCAACGGGGAGGAAGUAGCUGUGAAGUUAGAAUCACAGAAGGCCAGGCAUCCCCAGCUGUUAUAUGAAAGCAAACUAUACAAGAUUCUGCAAGGGGGAGUUGGCAUCCCUCAUAUAAGGUGGUAUGGUCAAGAAAAAGAUUACAAUGUUCUAGUCAUGGAUCUUCUUGGACCUAGUCUUGAAGAUCUCUUCAACUUCUGUUCUCGGAGGUUCACAAUGAAAACAGUACUUAUGUUAGCAGACCAGAUGAUCAGUAGAAUUGAAUAUGUGCAUACAAAGAAUUUUAUACACAGAGACAUUAAACCAGAUAACUUUCUAAUGGGUAUUGGACGUCACUGUAAUAAGUGUUUAGAAUCUCCAGUGGGGAAGAGGAAAAGAAGCAUGACUGUUAGUACUUCUCAGGACCCAUCUUUCUCAGGAUUAAACCAGUUAUUCCUUAUUGACUUUGGGUUGGCCAAAAAGUACCGGGACAACAGAACAAGGCAACAUAUACCUUAUAGAGAAGACAAAAAUCUCACUGGUACAGCUAGAUAUGCAAGCAUUAAUGCACAUCUUGGCAUUGAACAGAGUCGUCGUGACGAUAUGGAGUCAUUAGGAUAUGUAUUGAUGUACUUUAACAGAACCAGCCUGCCAUGGCAAGGAUUAAAGGCUGCAACAAAAAAGCAGAAAUAUGAAAAGAUUAGUGAAAAGAAGAUGUCUACUCCUGUUGAAGUUUUGUGUAAGGGAUUUCCUGCAGAAUUUGCAAUGUACCUGAACUACUGCCGUGGCCUGCGCUUUGAAGAAGCUCCUGAUUAUAUGUAUCUGAGGCAGCUAUUCCGUAUUCUUUUCAGGACCCUGAAUCAUCAAUACGACUACACAUUUGACUGGACAAUGUUAAAGCAGAAAGCCGCACAGCAGGCAGCCUCUUCCAGUGGGCAGGGGCAACAAACCCAAACCCCCACAGGCAAGCAAACUGACAAAUCCAAGAAUAACAUGAAAGGAGAAUCUAUACAGGACUCUGAUAACUGACUGCACACACCAUUUUCAAUCAUAUCAUCAGUGCCUACCAUUUUAGAAUGACCUGAUUUAAAAUGUUUCAGUUACAUCAAAUCUGUCAGAAAAAAUAUUUGAAAAAAGAAAACCGUUUAGCUGGAAAAAGAAUAAAAGUCUACUGUCCACAAAUAGGUAUAGAUAAAUUUAUGAUAACAGAUUACAGCAAGAGGUAAUUGAUGAAAACAGUGCCUCUUUUUAUGCAGCAAAGUCUCUUUCUUAUGGAUGAGAACACAUCGUUGAUACAAUAUAGUCUCUGUCGGGAUGCAGUCCAUCAGAGCAAAACAAAAAUCAUAAGGAAAUUAUUGGAUAAAACGUAUAAGAAGAAAAUAGAAAAGUGUGCAAAUCUAGAAGGAACCACUAUUGGUUGAACUAUGUGACCAUAUUCACAAUAAUCUAAUUGUAUAAGUUUUUGAAUCAACAGAAAAAGAGGAUUAUUUCCUUACUUAAAUUAUUGACACAUAAAUGUAUAUAUUAUUGAAUGCUAGCAAGAAUUCCAAACUGUAAAAAUAUUUUUUAUUAAAAGGCUAAUAUGCAUUUUUGUCAUAAUGAUGUGAAGAUAUCAGGAUGAGAAGAGAUACAGAAAUCAAGAAUACCAAAACGAAUAAAAUACCACUUUGUGGAAUAUCUUUCAAGCUGCUUUGUGGAAUAUCCUUCAGCUGUUCCAGAAGUAAGGAUAAUAAUGCUGAAAUUGCAAAACAUAUCUGCUAUACAAUUAUAAUUUGGCAACAGCUGUUCCGAAAGCAAGAGGACUUGAUUCUACCACAAGCCAUUCAAUAAUUCUAAUUAGUAAAUAUUGAACAGUAUACAAAAGUAGAGAUUGAAAAAUUGUAUCCAGUUUUUUAAAAAGAUGGGGCUAAAGCAAAUCUACAAACAUACAGUCUCCCUUGAGCCUAUUCCCAUAGCUCUUUGAACUAAGUGCAAGACGAUUAUUAUUUAAUUUGGGCUGUUGUGUUGAAGUGCAAAAGGAAUUGUCCAAGAUGUUAAAUUAAAUUUUCCAGAGGCAGACUUAAAUGCAGACACUAACAUGAAGUAUUUCCAGUUCAUUUUCUUGUCAUUAUUUUCAGUAUUCAAUAUAGGAGAAAUAUUUUUAAGGAAGAAUUGCUUAUGACAGGGAUAGCCAGCAAUAACCCAUCAAAAUGGCUGUAAAGCACUGUGAAGCGGUAUAUAAGUCUUAUUGCUAUUGCUAAAAUAGACCAAUUAUAUUUAAUUUCAUGCUAUUUAAGGAACAUUUUUUCUUUAAAAGUUUUAAAAGCAAUACUUCUUCAUUCGAUUUCAGACUACUGAAAUGAUAAGCCAGUUGUCUAACAACAGUAUUCUCUUUCUCUGAACUUUUAAAGAAAAGUUUUUUUCCUUUGUAUUUAUUUUAUAUUCAGAAGUAAUUUAGGAUUUGAAAAGAGGAAUUUUUUUCCCAUUUUUACAAAUCAUGAGAGUGUUUUCACAUGGUUGAAAUUCCUGUUCUUGUUUAAAGCAGCAUUUUAUGGUAUAUAGCUAACUGUUCAGAGAUACGUUACUUAAAUACGUUACUUACUUGAAUUUAUUGAAAACCAGAAUAAAACUAAUAUCACCUAAAUUGUAAAUAGUAGUGGUAGUAAAUGUUUUCCUAGUAACUAUGCCAAAAAAUCCUGUCAUUGGCACAAAUUUGAAAGAAACAUCUAUCUUGUAGAAGUGUGCAUGAAAUGGGGAAAGAGCCUGCUUAAUUGGAUAGAGGUGAAGGAAGAAAGGUGUUUCCACCAAAUAAAGUUGCAAAUGGAAGGAUUAUAUUGGAGGAGGAGGAGGACGAGGGCUGGAGUUGGAGACUGAUUGAGAUUGUGUUAGGCAGGAGAAAGUGUUACAUAAAACAAAUAGUACAAUAUAUAUAUCUUGGGGAGGGAGGUGAUGGUAGAAAGGGUGAAAGUGCCUGUAGUCCUUGACUAACGGCCACAAUUGAGCUUAGAGUUUUGGUCAUAAAUUGCUGCAGUCAUUUAAGCAAGGCACCCAUGUGUUUGCCUUGCUCUGAGCUCUUGUCAUUGUGGUACUGCCUCAGGGAAUGCAGGAGGCCCAGUGCUCCCUGCAUGCAGAAACCACAGCAGAAUGCAGACCCUUCUCUCUGUGCCACCACUUCUGGGUCCACUUUUCUGUCACCUCACUUCAUUCUGUACCUGAGUCCUAUUCCCAUGGUUCAAGAAGGUUCCUUCUCCAAAUUGUGCAGUUUGGAGAAGGAGUCCUCCAAGCUAAGAAUGAUGGCAUUCACUAGUGUUUUAUCUUCCGAAGAGGAAAACCCUAGCGAGGCUGGUGUUCUGAAAGGCUCUGAACCUCAGCAUUUUGAAAUUUAAUAUAUUAAAUUAUAUGUUAUACAAUUCAAGUUGUAUCAAUCCAUCUUUCAUAUAUAUCCAAGCUCAUAGUCUGGGAUCUCUCAGUGGGUUUUUUUAAAAAAUACCAUUUUUGAUUAGUUGGUUUUUUGUUUUGGUGAACAGAAUGCCUGUAAUACACCAGAAAAUAUGGUACUCCAGUAGAUCAUCUUACACUAUAUGUUAAAAGGAAAGUCAAAUUAUAUUUCUUAUUCUAUAAUGUUAUGCACACAGCUAGACUACUGUUACGGCAGAGGCAUGAAUGCUAUAGAAAAACCCCAUUGGAAUUUUGAAUUAGAGCAGAUUAAUACAACAGUGCAAUACAAAGGAAUUCUGAUAAUAGGAAUAAUAGAACACAGUUAUAGUAAAAGCUUUUUUAAAUACAAAGCAUUAAUUUACAUUUGCUACUUCAGUGGGUAAUUUAGACUUUUUGCCCAUUUAGAAAUUGUUCAUCCAAUCAGAUGGGAGAUGAAAAAGGCUGUUUGUACACUGUAUGAAUAAGAAUUGCUAACUAAAAAUGUUAGAACAACACUGUAAUAUUAUAAUCCACUUGAAAUAGUUAAUUUAAAAGCCUUAAUUUUCUUUACAGUAUCUCUUUACAUAUGAUAUGGUACAGGUAGUCCUCAAAUUAGGACUACAACUGAGCCCAAAAUUUCUGUUGCUAACCAAGACAAUUGUUAAGUGAAUUUUGCCCCAUGUUAUGACCUUUAUUGCAACAGUUGUUAAGUGAAUCACCACAGUUGUUAACUUAGUAAUGCAGUUAAGUGAAUCUGGCUUCCCCAUUGACUUUGCUUGUCAGAAGGUCACAAAAAGUGAUCACAUAACAUCAGGAAACUACAGCGGUCAUGAGUCAGUUGCCAAACAUCUGAAUUUUGAUCAUGUGACCGUGGAAAUGCUGUAACAGCUGUAAGUGUGAAAAACGGUCAGAAGCCACUAUGUUCAAUGUUUGUAAUUUCAAACAGUCACUGAAUGAACUGUUGUAAAUUGAGGACUACCUGUACUUGAUUGGAUGCAGAUUUAUCUAUUAAAUAAACAAUGUAUCCAGAAAAACUCCAAAGGCUGAAGUCUGAAAACUACUUUAAUGCAAGUUAAUUUUAGUUGCUAGUCUGCAAAACGUCACUUUUUUACAGGACUGCAUUCAGAUGGAAAUUGAUAUGCACAUAAUAGCUAGAAUAAUCAAAAUAUUAAGUUUAUUCUGAUUUGAAUAUUUUGUAGGGCAUUACGAGUCAUAGCAUUAAGAUUGUGUAUACCUUUCCAGACUUGUGCAUUCUGUACUGCUUUGCAACUUCGCUUUAAGCACCUGGACUAUUUAUCUACUAUAAGGAAUGGUUAAGUAAGACUUUCAUCAAUUUUAUUGAAUUUAAUAAUUGUUCUCACCACAGUAUUAUUUUCUCUAAAAUACCAGUGCAAUAUGUACUGAAUGUACUAGAUGCAGCCUCAUGUAUAGUUUUGGAGGAGGAUGUAAUUGAUUUUUUUAUUGUUCUAGUAUUUAUUUUGGCUCAGUAUACAAUGUAGUUGUCUGAGUGUAGUUGAGCAAGAUGGUCAUGGAAACAUCCAUACCUGGUUUUCCAAACAAAUGAUUUUAUUUAUUUAUUUUUGGCUAGGACAUUGGUAUCCUAGAUACAGUGCUUAUGUUUAUUUUUUUCUAUCUGUGAUAACCAGCUUACGUUAUUGGAGAGCAUCUAACUCAAAUCUGGAAAUGAUAGAAUUUAAUAAAGGAUGUAACCUACAUUUGAAAUGUAUUUUACAAGUAUGGUCAAGAGUGGAAAGUGAGUCAGUAUUGUUAAGUUCAGCUUGUACUUAAAUGUGUUUAUGGGUAGAGAAUCCUGGACUGGAAUGAAAUCUCUAGUUCAAAAAGUUCUCAGUCAAUGUGGUUGGAUGGGUGAGAUGUUUAAAAAUUAGCUCUGAGGCCACUCACAGUUUUUUAUUUCUUUUUUUAAUACUUUUCCUACUUUUUAAGCUAUGAGUCGACCUAUAAAUUGUACAAAUAAAUUAAAUCCUCCAAUUAUAAAGAGGAUUCUACUUUUAUUCUACUGAUAAAAAUACCAUUUUUAGAGACCUAGACUCAACGGAAAAAGACUAGAGACAGUCAAGUAUCUUAUUUCUGCAUGAGUCUGGGAAAAAAUGAGCUUGCUUGCUUGUCUUUUUCAAAGCCUGCACAGUCUUGAUAUGUAUCAUAAAGCAGAACAUGCUUUAGAAUCAUUAAAAGUAUCAUCUAACAUUUCUUUAUUAAACACUUUAUGCUAGGCAGGUCAAUAUUCAGUUUAACGGACAUAGCAAAGAAGAGAUGUCAGCUUUAAUUGAAUAUCUGUUAGUGUUACAUAGAAAAGGAUAACUAUAAUUUUGAAUAGAUGGAAAAAAGUUGUAAUGUAUUCUCCAGACACAUUCGUCCAAGACAGCAUUGUAGAGUGGAAGAUACAGGUAUAAUGACUUGCUCCCAUAAUUCCAGUGAAUGGUCAGAAGAUAUUUUCAUCCUGUCUGCUACUUUAGCCAUUGAGAUUGCAGCUCUUUAACAAAAGAUAGUACAAGCAUUUUACACCAUAAUCUGAAAGCAAAAGUUACAAUUUUUUCCAUGUAAUUUUCUUAACCUACCCUACUAGCUUUCUAUUUUUUUUCUUGCAUUAUUCAUGAUUUUAAGAUUUCUCCCUCAAUAGUAGAAAUGAAAGAUUUCCUGUAAUAUCAUAGCAGUGCAGUUCAGGGUUGAUUGGAGGCUUUUGGGUGGAAAGUAACAAAUUGUACACUUGCAGAGAAUGUAGUUACUAGAUAUCAACUGUUUUUAGGCAGUUUUCAUCUAGAUAUUACUCUUGGCAGUCUUAACAAUUAAUUUUCCAUAGCCAUUCUUUUUUAGAAAUUUGAAACAAUUAUAAUACAUUUGGCUAAUUUUAUGUUCAUUGGUUUGAUACAGUGCUUGAACCAUGUAACAGUAACUUUCUUGUAAUUUUUAAGCAACAGCAUUAAAUGGCGAUAGGAUUUGUUUCAAAGAUUAUUACGGCUGUUAUUUUGGAACUAAUUAAGCAGGUGAAGUUAACUCAUCUCAUUUACAUAUAACUUGAAAUGUAAUUGGAUCAUGUACUGGAAGAAGAAUUGUGUUUCAGUAAAAUGGGUUGUUAUUCGAACAGGCUAGAACUUCUGUAAGUAACAAAAUGGUCAUGCUUAUCAAUCUUCUUUCUAGGAAUAGCUAGAUAAUGCUGUAGAUUUCAUAUAUGUGCCAUUUUGGAAUGACAAGAUCUAUGCUCUUACAAUUUCGGAUAUAUAGAAGAUGUAUUUCCAUGUACAGACUGUAUAUUGAAAAUAAACAUACAUACAAACAAA